AUGAUAUGUGUGGUGGCUCGGAUGCUUCGACGUCUCGCGGCAUCGUUCGAAGCAGUGGAUUCUGGUGGUCGAACACCGCUUCUGACGGCCGUCUGGAAUUGUCAUCUGGAAAUGGCCGCCUACCUGCUCGAAACUGUCGGCGUCAAUCCGAACGCCGUUGAUGAACAGGGAGCUUCCGCUUUAUCUGUAGCUGCACAGCAAGGAAAUCGCGAACUGGUAGUGCUGCUACUACGAAUGGGUGCUGAACCGUCGUUGAAAGAUCUCGCAGGUCGAACAGCUUUGGACGUGGCUACUAUGUACGGGCACGAUACUAUCAGAGCUGUACUUCAGUCAGCAAGUGGCUCAGCUGAUUCGUCGGGGUUUGGCAGCGUGCCAAACUCGCCAUUGGAUUUCAGAUCUUUGGGGCGAAAGUCGCUAAGGAAAUCACAAAAACUGGCGGUCACUAGUCCACGAUUGCUUAAGAAACCUGUAUAA